AUGCUGCCUAAACACUCCACCACAAAGAAUUGCUGCAGAUCAGAGUCUUCAAGAGCAAGGACACAACAAAAAUUUCAACACAGAGGUGGGCUAUUGAGGAAAGCAUAUGAAUACAGCAUCUACUGUGAUUCAGAUGUCUAUAUGGUCCUUCAGGCACGCAGUAGCGGUCAAAUCUUUGCAUUUAUCUCUGACUCAUCCAAGAGAUGGGCUCCAUCCUUGCGUGAACUGACCAAACAGCAGAAUGUUGAGAUGGCAGAGCAGCCACCCUGGUACAGUCCCCAAACGAACAUCAUCGUCCAGAUUGACGCGACACUCAACUCACUAGAUGACGUCAACCACCCGAGCCGAGUGAUUGGUGGGGCAUUCUCCGACAGAUCAACGCCAGCGGUCGACCGGCGGGGCUACCCGCAACGCAAAAAUUGUAGUUGCGCUUUUUCCGGCUCGCAGCCCCUCUUUGGGCUUCCGUUUGUCACCCAGGCAGACCCAUAUGAACCUUCUCAUGAUGCUUACAAGCUUGCAUUUUACCACUCUUUGGCACAAUCCCCUGAGGGUGUAGGCAUUUCUCCUCACGCACAUGUCACCGGCGACGAAUCCAGAUCUUCAUGCCUACCGCUCUCUAGCCCCAUGAACCCGGAUGCUUCAGACAUAUCUUCAUCAUAUGCUGCUAUCAAAACCGAGCCGCUCGAACUGCCUCAGGAUCCAUUAUCCCCUUCACAACCCACGCCGGAUGCUGAUCGAAUUCUAGAAUCUGUUGCCACUCCUCCCGAAGUGUACAAGAGCAGAGCUUUGGGACCAAAAUGUCAAGAAAAUUCUCCGAGACCACGAGAAAACGACCGGCCCAAUUUUGCUGGCAUACCUGUGGAUAGCAGGGGCAGCAAAGCCUUUGGCUUAGAGUCUGCACAUAGAAUCUACACAGGUGAAUUGCUGGCUGAUGCAGCAGUGGCAACUAUCCAACAUUGCAGUGGCAAGCCAGUCAUGGAAAACUUCAGUGAUGUUCUUCCAGUCUAUCUAAGUUCGUGGCUAUCAAAUGAGCAGGAAGGCCACCAUCCUUUGAGCCUUCCUGAGAUAAGACUCAGUUCUCUUCAGGCCACCUGCACUGAGUAUUUCAAAGCCCUGAGGGCAAAAACUGAUACAGACACAUUCAAGGAUAAUAUCCACCAUCACACCAGUCAGGUCUUGCUAUUCUUAUGUUUUGAGGCAUUUGUCAGGGAGUUACAAGAGAAGGAAAGAUCAGGUACACUGGUAGUCAAACAUGCCAAUCACUCCAUGUCAACCAUAGUGUGGGAUUUGAUCAUGGAAGCCAUCUAUCCCAAUGAAUACAAAGGAAGCCGGAAAAAAUUUUACCAAGAUGCUCUUAAUAAUCAUACCCAAUAUGGGAGUCACUGGUGAAGGGUUGGAAGCUGCUGU